GCUAUAAUUUUGUUUUCUGUGAUUAAAUAAUUUGCUUUCAACUUUAUUUUUAAUUUAAAAAUGUGCGAUCUCAACGAUAAUGAAAGUAAUGAAAGAUGUGAGGAAAAAUCAAAAUCAAAAUCAAAUCAUUCUAAAUGGCGUUCGAAUACCAAAAAGGCAACGUCUGAGAUAUUUUACGAAUAUUGUUCAAAUACCUCAAUCCAUGGAGUUCAAUAUUUUGGACAAAGACGUCCAAUAACUGAACAAAUAUUUUGGAUAUUGGUUUUUCUGGUGUCCAUUGUUUGUUGUUUUAGCUUAAUCAUGAGUGUUUAUCAUAAAUGGAAUGAAACACCAGUAAUUGUUAGUUUUUCAGAAAAAACAACUCCCGUUUGGAAUAUACCUUUUCCAGCUAUAACCAUUUGUUCAGAAACAAAACGGAUACUUAAGACUGAGGGUAUGACAUAUGCAAACUUUUACAACAAUUUAACUUCAAGUAUUAGAGCUGGAGAAAAAUAUACACCCACAAAUAUUACCAAAGACGAGCUAGAUGAAUUUCGUACUUUGCUACAUAUUUGUAACACUCAAAUUAUUGAUAAAGAAGAGGGAAUAUGUUAUACUUUCAAUGGAUUAAGUUCAAAAGAUCUUUAUCGUGAAGAUACGUAUCAGCAUAAUCAUUUUGACUCCCAUAAUGCAAUCGAAUAUUCGGAGUAUUCGAAUCGUACUCUUAGUUGGUCAUUACAAAAUGGUUACGAUACCGACAGUGGUUUCAAAACAUAUCCAGCUAGAGUUUUAGGUGCAGGGGCAAGAGCUGGCAUUUUUAUUGCUUUACAAAGUUUUAAGCAAGAAACUGAUUAUUAUUGCCGUGGUCCCAUACAAGGAUUUAAAGUUUUACUUCAUUCGCCUGAUGAUGUUCCACAUGUAUCAAAAGAUUUUGUACGAAUACCAACGGGUAAAGAAGUUUUAAUUGCCGUAAAACCAAAUAUGAUAACAACAUCUAUUGGAAUAGAUGAUUAUCAUCCAUUACGCCGCCAGUGUUUUCUUCAUAACGAACGCCAAUUAAGAUUCUUUAAAAUUUAUACUCAGUCAAAUUGUGAAUUAGAAUGCUUAGCAAAUUUUACUCUGGAAAAAUGUGGCUGUGUGAAGUUUUCUAUGCCACGUUCUCUAUACACACCUGUUUGUAAUGAGGAUAAAAUUUACUUAAUUUUCUAG